AUGAAAACCGACACACCCACUAAACCAAAACAAAUCGAGAUCAAACAAGAACCACUCUCAGAUCCACCAACACCACCUGCAAAACUCUCAGAUUCUGAUAUCGAAGACAUGUUCAAAAAACAAAUGCUUCGGAAAACUCUGGGACAUAUUACCGACGAUGAAUCUGAAGAAGAAGAAGAGGAAGACGCAAGUAUAGUAGGUGUGGGCUUUUCGAGGUCCACUCCUGAACGUACCCCGCAGGAUGAUGUUGACACGGAUACUGAUCAACCGAGAUAUAACCCAGUACGGGAACGGAAAACCCCGGCCAGAUACGGAUACAACAUUCAAAACGAUGUUACCCUCACAGAACCAACAAACUAUCACCACGCCAUCAACAGUCCUGACUCCGAGAAAUAG